AUGUGCAUGAUAAAGGAGCCUCCCCCGCCCUUCUGGGCAUUGAGACGACACCAUCGUCGCUCAGCAUUCUCCCGCCCAGCAUUCGUCCGCAGAAACGCGGAGCCUGUUCCAGGUCACAAUGCCCCUCGAAUUCCAUUUGCGGCUGCUAGCAUCGCCAGGGCCAGGGCCGUUGCCAGGGCUAACACCGCAACGAUUAACACCACAACCAUCAUCCCAAUCAUCAUCCCAACUAUCAUCCCAACCAACACCAUGGCCAACGUCAUGGCCAAUAGCGAGGUCACCGGGGCCAGUAGCGAGGAGACCCCCCCUUCAUCCGCUGACCAAGUCACGGACACGGUCGGAGCUACCACUGGGACCGAGUUCCAUUCAAUGUCUGCGGGAUAUCAGACCGAAGAAGCAGGGGUCGAGGACAAAGCUCAAGCUUAA